UAAAAUCCGCUGGCCCUUUCCUUUUCUUGCUCUCGCACACACUCGCAAUUUUCCAACACUCUAGACAUUUUAAAAAAUUAAAAAUAAAAGAAAUUCCAAGACUCUGAAAAAGCGGAAGAGGAAGCAUAGCCGCUGUUAUAGAAACAAACAAACAAACCAUCGUAGGCGAUCGCAAACCCUAGGAAAAAGCUAGCGAAUCUCUUAGAAACGGGUUUGCAGAUCAGAAAUGGAGCCUCUCUGAUCAAAGUUAGUUAUUCAUUUUCCCGGAAAAAAGCCAGCGGAGACUCUAUAGACAUAUAUUUUCACCUUCAUUUAUUCUCUGGAAUCUUCGAGCUUCCAAAAGUUCAAAUUUGCAGACUUGACAAGUUAUUCCACUUUCAACCUCCUAUAGUUAGACUCGUUGGUUGAUCAUACUAUAUUCGUCAUGGUGGCUAGCGCUGCUACUGCUGCAUUUUUUCCUGCUACUUCGUCGCUGCCUGACUCCGGUGGCAGAAAUUCCGGAAAUUAUGGAGGAAGUCUCCCUGCAGGUGUGGAUGCCCGUGGGAUCAAGUCAAAGUCCUCAUCUUCUGGGAAAUUACAAGUGAAGGCUAAUGCACAGGCCCCUUCCAAGGUUAAUGGAACUAAGGUUGGAAUCAAGACUGAUGAUGAUGUGAUCUCAUCACCUCCACCGAGGACAUUCAUCAACACAUUACCUGAUUGGAGCAUGCUCCUUGCUGCCAUCACCACUAUUUUCUUAGCGGCAGAGAAGCAAUGGAUGAUGCUUGACUGGAAGCCAAAGCGUCCUGACAUGCUUGGUGGCCCCUUUGGCUUCGGUAGAAUUGUGCAAGAUGGUCUUGUCUUUCGCGAAAACUUCAGCAUCAGGUCAUAUGAGAUAGGAGCUGACCGAACUGCGUCCAUAGAAACGUUAAUGAAUCAUCUUCAGGAAACAGCACUUAACCAUGUAAAAUCUGCUGGACUGCUUGGUGAUGGUUUUGGCUCUACUCCGGAGAUGGCCAAAAGAAAUCUAAUUUGGGUGGUAUCCAAGAUGCAGGUUCUGGUGGACCGUUAUCCUACUUGGGGUGAUGUUGUUCAAGUGGACACGUGGGUUGCAGCAUCUGGUAAGAAUGGGAUGCGGCGAGAUUGGCUUGUCCGUGAUUGUAAAACUGGGGAUGUAAUAACGAGAGCUUCUAGUUUAUGGGUCAUGAUGAAUAAAGAGACUAGGAGACUGUCUAAAAUUCCAGAUGAGGUUCGAGCAGAAAUAGAAGGCUAUUAUUUAGAUUCACCUCCUAUUGUGGAUGAGGAUGGCAGAAAGUUACCAAAACUUGAUGAUAAGACGGCAGAGUACAUUCGUACUGGUUUAACUCCAAGAUGGAGUGACUUGGAUGUGAACCAGCAUGUGAAUAAUGUGAAAUACAUUGGCUGGAUUCUUGAGAGUGCUCCCCUCCCCAUUUUGGAGAGUCACGAGCUUGCUGCAAUGACGCUCGAGUACAGGAGGGAGUGCAGGAAGGACAGUGUGGUGCAGUCCCUUACUUCUGUAUUGGGGAAUGGUGUUGGUGAUAUGGCCAUUUCUGGUUAUGUUGAGUGCCAGCAUUUGCUUCGACUCGAGGGUGGAGCAGAGAUUGUCAAGGGAAGGACUGUGUGGAGACCCAAAUAUGCCAACAGGUUUGGAAGCAUGGGUCAGCUUCCAGCAGCAAGCGCUUAGUGCGAUUUCCUUUGCAGCAGGAGCGGAAGUAGUCUUGUUGCUGUGUGUUACAGUUCUGUAGAUUCAAUCCUGUGCUCUUUGAUCUACUCUAUUGACCUCCCCGGUUAAUAUAAAUAUAUAUAAAUUUCUUCAUAUCUUUUUUUUCCCCACCUUCUCCUUCGAGAGAAAUAGGGAAAUUUCUUAAGCAUUGUAAGUAGCCCUUUGCUGCCCCCCCCACCUCUCUCUCUCUCUCUCUCUCUCUCUUUCUCUCUCUCCCAUGGAAGUUCCAGCUGGAUACCAUUCAUGAAUGUGACAACUAAUGCACAAAUUUCUUUAUUGCAAUUUUUUAUUACUUUUAGUGAUAUUAUUGGUUCUCA